CCGAGUCGGAGCAGCAUGGAGCGGCGGAGCGAGAGCCCGUGUCUGCGGGACAGCCCCGACCGGCGCAGCGGCAGCCCCGACGUCAAGGGGCCUCCCCCGGUGAAGGUGGCCCGGCUGGAGCAGAACGGCAGCCCCAUGGGAGCCCGCGGGAGGCCCAACGGCGCCGUGGCCAAGGCCGUGGGAGGUUUGAUGAUACCUGUCUUUUGUGUGGUGGAGCAGUUGGACGGCUCUCUUGAAUAUGACAACCGAGAAGAACACGCUGAGUUUGUCCUGGUUCGAAAAGACGUGCUUUUUAGCCAGCUGGUGGAGACUGCGCUCCUGGCCCUGGGCUACUCCCACAGCUCCGCGGCGCAGGCACAAGGAAUAAUCAAGCUGGGGAGGUGGAACCCUCUCCCCCUCAGUUAUGUGACAGAUGCACCCGAUGCGACAGUGGCCGACAUGCUGCAAGAUGUCUAUCACGUUGUGACGUUGAAAAUCCAAUUACAGAGUUGUUCGAAGUUGGAAGACUUGCCCGCGGAGCAGUGGAACCAUGCCACAGUCCGCAAUGCCUUAAAGGAACUGCUCAAAGAGAUGAACCAGAGCACAUUAGCCAAAGAAUGCCCUCUCUCCCAGAGUAUGAUUUCAUCCAUUGUAAAUAGCACAUACUAUGCCAACGUGUCAGCAACCAAGUGCCAGGAGUUUGGGCGAUGGUAUAAGAAGUACAAGAAGAUUAAAGUGGAAAGAGUGGAACGAGAAAACCUUUCAGACUAUUGUGUUCUGGGCCAGCGUCCGAUGCAUUUACCAAAUAUGAAUCAGCUGGCAUCCUUGGGGAAAACCAACGAACAGUCUCCUCAUAGCCAAAUCCACCACAGUACACCAAUCCGAAACCAAGUGCCCGCGUUACAGCCCAUCAUGAGCCCUGGUCUUCUUUCUCCCCAGCUUAGUCCACAGCUUGUCAGGCAACAAAUAGCCAUGGCCCAUCUGAUAAACCAACAGAUUGCUGUUAGCCGGCUCCUGGCUCACCAGCAUCCUCAAGCCAUCAACCAGCAGUUCCUGAACCAUCCACCCAUUCCCAGAGCAGUUAAGCCAGAGCCAACCAACUCUUCUGUGGAAGUCUCUCCAGAUAUCUACCAGCAAGUCAGAGAUGAGCUGAAGAGAGCCAGUGUAUCCCAAGCUGUCUUUGCAAGAGUGGCAUUCAACCGCACACAGGGAUUGUUGUCUGAGAUUCUCCGUAAAGAAGAAGACCCUCGGACAGCCUCUCAGUCUCUUUUGGUAAACCUGAGGGCCAUGCAGAAUUUUCUCAAUCUUCCGGAAGUGGAGAGGGAUCGCAUCUACCAGGAUGAGAGAGAGCGAAGCAUGAACCCCAAUGUGAGCAUGGUCUCGUCAGCCUCUAGCAGUCCCAGCUCCUCCCGAACCCCUCAGGCCAAAACCUCGACACCGACAACAGACCUCCCCAUUAAGGUGGACGGCGCCAACGUCAACAUCACAGCUGCCAUUUAUGACGAGAUCCAACAGGAGAUGAAAAGGGCCAAGGUGUCUCAAGCCCUGUUUGCCAAAGUGGCUGCAAAUAAAAGUCAGGGCUGGCUGUGCGAACUGCUCCGCUGGAAGGAGAACCCCAGCCCAGAAAACCGCACACUCUGGGAGAACCUCUGUACUAUCCGUCGCUUCCUGAACCUUCCCCAGCACGAGAGGGAUGUGAUCUACGAGGAGGAGUCCAGGCAUCACCACAGCGAACGUAUGCAGCACGUGGUCCAGCUUCCCCCGGAGCCAGUGCAGGUCCUUCAUAGACAGCAGUCUCAGCCGGCCAAGGAGAGUUCCCCUCCCAGAGAAGAAGCCCCUCCCCCGCCUCCUCCAACCGAAGACAGUUGUGCCAAAAAGCCUCGGUCUCGCACAAAGAUCUCCUUGGAAGCCCUGGGGAUUCUCCAAAGUUUUAUUCAUGAUGUGGGCCUGUAUCCCGACCAGGAAGCUAUUCACACUCUUUCUGCCCAGCUGGAUCUCCCCAAACACACCAUCAUCAAGUUCUUCCAGAACCAGCGGUACCACGUGAAACACCAUGGGAAGCUCAAGGAGCACCUGGGCUCCGCGGUGGACGUAGCCGAGUACAAGGACGAGGAGCUGCUGACAGAGUCCGAAGAGAAUGACAGCGAGGAAGGCUCGGAGGAAAUGUACAAAGUGGAGGCGGAGGAGGAAAGUGCGGAGAAAAGCAAGGCCGCGCCCGCCGAAAUCGACCAGAGAUAAUGUGAACUCCUACCAGGCAAAGCAAUACAUCGGUCCAAGGAUUUUCUGUUUGCGUUUCUUUAGAAAAAGUUUUUUGUUUUUUGUUUUUUUUUGCUUUAUUUUAUUUUGGUCGUUUUUUUGUCUGUUUUGUUUUUCUUACCUUUUUUGACAUUUCUUUG